AUGAGAUGUGUUGCACACAUUCUUAAUCUCAUUGUGCAAUACGGUAUUAAAGAUGCUUCUGUGUCUGUGGAUCGAGUUAGAGGUGCUGUGAGGUAUAUAAGAGCAUCACCAUCGAGGUUGACAAAAUCCAACCAACGGGUAAAAGAAGAAAUGAUAGAUAGUAAGGCUCAAUUGUGUUUAGAUGUGCCAACUAGAUGGAACUCAACAUAUAUAAUGUUAAAGGUGGCUGAAAAAUAUGAGCGCGCAUUUGAAUCAUAUUUACGUGAUGACCAUAAUUUUUUUCUUGACCUUACUGCUGGAGAUGGAGUUCCUACAUUUGAUGAUUGGGAUAUUGUUCGAAGAGUUAUAAAAGUAUUAGAGCCUUUUUGUCAUCUUACACUGAAGGUGUCCGGAUCUUUGCAUGUUACCUCUCAUUCACUUUUUGAAGUAUUGACAGAUGUGCAUUGUCUUUUUUAUGGGUGGCAAGAUUGUGGAGAUCUAGAAAUAAUUUCUAUGACUUCCAAAAUGAGAGAAAAAUAUAAUAAGUAUUGGGGUGAAGGAAACAAGAUCAACAUGCUAGUUUACUUGGCGGUCAUCUUUGAUCCACGAUGUAAAAUGAGUUUUUUUGACUUUGUAGUCAACUUGCUUUUUCCUAAUGUUGCUAAUGACAUUAUGAAAAUGAUUGAUAAAGAAUUACAUUGCUUGUUCAAUGAGUAUUCUUCUAAUGCCGAGAGAAUUCAAUUGUUUGAAGGUAGAUCUAGUUCUUUGACAAAUAUUUGUAGUUCAAUGGAAAUAGAUCAUCCUAGAUUCCCUAUUCUUGCACAAAUGGCUCGAGAUAUUCUUGCUACUCCUAUUUCAACGGUUGCUUCGGAAAGUGCAUUUAGCACGGGUGGACAUGUUCUCGAUAGUUUUAAAAGUUCUCUAACUCCUCUCAUGGUCGAGGCUUUGGUUUGCACACAAGAUUGGCUUCGAAAAUCUAAUGAUGCCAUCAAUCUUGAAGAUUAUGUUGAUGAACUUCAAACCAUGGAAGAUGACUUAUCCAAAAUACCCGAAGAACAAGAAGAUGUUUCAAGAUUAUCAAUGCCAUUGUCAUCGAUGUUUGAAGCACAAGAAGAAACUUAA